UCCUCCGGUAGAAUGGCGAGCUUCACCGUGUGGGACUAUGUGGUCUUCGCGGCCAUGCUGCUCAUCUCAGCCAUCAUUGGCAUCUACUACGCCUUCGCGGGAGGCACGCAGAAGACAUCAAAGGACUUUCUCAUGGCUGGCCGCAGCAUGAGUGCCCUCCCGGUGGCACUGUCCCUCACCGCCAGCUUCAUGUCAGCCGUCACGGUGCUGGGCACCCCUGCUGAGAUCUAUCGCUAUGGUGCCAUCUUCUGCAUCUUUGCCAUCACCUAUGCCCUGGUGGUGGUGUGCAGUGCUGAGAUCUUCCUGCCUGUCUUCUACAAGCUGGGCAUUACCAGCACCUAUGAGUAUUUAGAACUUCGAUUUAAUAAAUAUCUACGCCUCUGUGGAACGGUCCUUUUCAUCAUACAAACGACUUUAUACACUGGUAUUGUCAUUUAUGCUCCAGCUUUAGCACUAAAUCAAGUCACAGGCUUUGACUUGUGGGGCGCAGUGGUGGCGACUGGCGUGGUCUGCACAUUCUACUGCACACUGGGUGGUCUGAAGGCAGUGGUGUGGACAGAUGUUUUCCAGGUUGGAAUCAUGGUUGCUGGAUUUUCAUCUGUGAUUAUACGAGCUGUGGUGGUUCAGGAGGGAAUUGGACGCAUUGUAAAUGAUUCCUACCAUGGAGGAAGAUUAAACUUCUGGGACUUUGAUCCCAAUCCUUUGCAAAGGCACACCUUCUGGACGAUUGUUAUAGGUGGGACUUUCACGUGGACUGGAAUAUACGGGGUUAACCAGUCUCAAGUCCAGAGAUACAUUGCAUGCAAAAGCAGAUUCCAUGCAAAAUUGUCCCUCUACAUCAACCUGGUGGGACUCUGGUUGAUCCUGGUCUGUGCCACAUUGUGUGGGCUGGCCCUCUACUCCAUCUACAAAGACUGUGACCCAUGGAUGAACAACCAGGUGUCGGCACUUGACCAGCUAAUGCCAUACCUAGUGCUGGACAUCCUGCGUGAUUUUCCAGGGGUGCCAGGGCUUUUUGUGGCCAGUGCCUACAGUGGGACAUUAAGUACUGUGUCCUCCAGCAUCAAUGCUCUGGCUGCUGUGACUGUUGAAGACCUCAUUAAGCCCUACUUCAAAUCUCUCUCUGAAAGGAAGCUGUCAUGGAUUUCCAUGGGGAUGAGCCUGUUUUAUGGUGGAGUCUGCAUUGCUAUGGCUGCAGUGGCAUCUCUUCUGGGAGCCUUGUUGCAGGCAGCGCUCAGCAUUUUUGGCAUGGUUGGUGGCCCCCUUUUAGGACUGUUUGCCUUGGGAAUCCUCUGCUCCUUUGCAAAUGGAAUUGGAGCAUUUGUGGGUCUUCUCAGUGGCUUCGUUAUUUCUCUUUGGGUUGGAAUUGGAUCUCAGAUUUAUCCUCCACUUCCAGAGAGGACCAAGCCACUCAGUCUCUCAACUGCAGGCUGUAAUAUAUCUACAGGAAAUUUAACAUCAACAGUAUUUCCAUUAACAACAGUUUUCAGCACACCAGGUGCAGAAAGGCCUGCCCUGGCAGACAACUGGUAUUCCUUGUCUUAUCUCUACUUCAGCACACUUGGGACACUUGUCACAAUAGUUGUGGGAAUAAUUAUCAGCCUCCUUACAGGAGGACUAAAGCAGAACACGGAUCCUAAAUUCCUGCUGACCAAGGAAGAUUUCCUGUCCAACUUCUCACGGUCUGAAACUGAACAACCAGAGAAAGUGGAAGUGUUGAACUGGAAGCCAUUUUCCGUGGCAGAUGAAGGAACUGACAACCCUGCCUUCAGCCACAUUGAAAUGGAUGUUGCAAGUGACAAGAACAAAGUCAAUGGUCUUCAUAUAUGACACAAGGCUGUGUCAGCCCAUGAGGACAUGUGUAAAGCACUGUUGACAUUCCUGUUCUGGGUCAGUUCCCAGCUCUGCUGGGGUCAUGGGCAGGCAUCAGCUGAGCUUUGUGGCACUGUCGCCUUUGCAUGACCUUGACAUUAGUCAAGAAAGGAAUCAGGUUUUUCUUGCACUUCCUCACUCUCUCACUCUGGCUCUCAGUGACAGAGCCUAAAGCAUUGUUUCUAUGUGAAAUAUUUGCCUGAUAUUCUUGAGCCUCCUGGAAAAUACCUGCUUUUAAUCUCAUUUCAUCCUCAGAGUGAAUCUUUUAUUUGGAAAGAGUACUGUUCGCCCAGACGUGGGUGUUUUUCUGGCUUGUUUUUUUUUUCUUUUUUAUUUUAAGGCAUUGAAAGUAUGAAGAGAUUAGGGUGUGGGAACUUAUCAGAUUGCAAGAAAUAGUGGGUCUUUUUUUGGUUGUUUUUGUAUGGGAGGUGUAUUUACUGAUAUCUGGUUCCUCUGUAGAACUGAUUCUGAGAGCAUAUUUAUUUUGCUGGUUUUGUCAUUUGUGUUUUUUCUAACCAACUUGAUUCUUGGCUACCUGCACCUUCUCCUCUGUGCUCACUGCUGGGAGCUGCAAGAGUGACUUUGGUGGUGGUAAGAGGCAAGAGUCAGUACUGUUUCCCUUCAUGCUUUAUCUCUUUCUUCUCCCCUGUCUUGCCCUUACAGAGCUGGUCCUCAUGAAGGAAAUAAUCUAUUUACACUUUUUAUUCAGUGCCAUAGACCAGAACCACAGUAGCCUUCUACUGCAUGCCCAGCUUGCUGGCUGAGGAUUGUUCUUGCACUGGGCUGGGCACAGUGCAGCAGAGAGGUUAACAAAGAAGAUUCCCUUUUGGCUGUGGUGGACAAGGGUGAAGGCUGCAUCUGCAGUUGCCACAGCAGUUCUCUCCAGGGUUAUGAGCUGAAACCUCCUUAGCCCUUUGUGUCCUUGUUUUCACUCUGGGGAAUUCAUGUUCAAGGCUGGCUCAGAUCAGACAAGUGCACACUGUGUUUUGGCAGGCGUGCAGAGUUCCCUGCACUGUUCUCCAGCAGGGCUGCAGAGCUUGUGGAAUAGCUUAUGGUGGGGCUGCCAAGGUUAACAGCCCACCCAUGUGAGAGCAUGCUUUGUGCUGGUGUUUUGGGAAGGUGAAAACCCCCAUUGCUUUCUUCUCCUGUUUGUUUUUGGGUACAGUGGGGAACAGACUAUAACCCACUGCAUUGUUUUUGGUUUUUUUGUACUUCAGACUUCUACUAUGGCUAUAUAAGAGUGUUUAAAACUCUUCUAAAGCAGCAAAAUCAAGUCAGAAAAUUAAAGCCAUUGCAGGAAAGCUGAGCUGUGAAGCUUAGAAGGUAGUCAUGCUUGGGAAUCAGGUGAAAAACUGACUGCAUGCCUUAAGUACUUUCUAAAAGUUACAGUGCAUUUGUGCCAAGUACUGAGCUGCUGUAACUUGGAAUAUGACACAGUGCUAGCUUAGUGCUUAGUGGCCAUAGCAUCUAAAUCAAUUUUUUUCUGUGCCCUUGUGGCAGAGGGCACUUGAUGAUCUACUGCACAGAAAAAAUGGGCUCCAAGGACUAGAGCAGGAGAGCAGGCCAGCCAGACACUCUGUGGGUGCCACCAAGGCCAUGACUCCACCGGUGAACCUAGCACAAAACUGUGUGAUGGAGGCAGGUUUCCCCCAUGCCUCCUGAAGCUUUUUUUGUGUUAUUCAGUGCAGAGUUUAGGGCCAGGCCCUUUCCUCACUCUCCUCUACUGCAGCUCUGGGUUCAGGUCAGUGCCUAAAGCCACUGUGUGGAAGGGCUGUCAUCAAGUGGGAUAGAUCCCAUGAGUUACAUCUUGCGUCCCUAUAUCAAAGAUCUGAGACAAAAAAUAGCAUCCUGAAUAAAGUUUUCUAGGAUUCAGGACAGGAAUAUCUCUGUUUUGGGACACUCUGAGUUACUCUGAGACAAUUAUCCUAUUAACUGAAUCAGCUGGCUAUGCUUCUCAAGUCUCAGAAGAAAAGUGCAGCUUAUUCAACCUUGUGCCUUGCCUUCAUCACCCAGAAACAGACACUGCAUUCUUUGCUGUGGAAUACUUCUUCAGCCUUGGAAUAUAAUAAUUUAUACUUACCAGGUACUUUCAGCCCACAGAUAUGAAAGAGGGUAAGUACUGCUAUCUCCACACUGCUGCAGAGUGCUGAAGUGGACUGGUGUGCCUCUGUGUACCUGUGCUUUGUGAGUGAGAGUAUGCUGUAAAAGAGAGUAGAAGCCUGCAGCAAGCACUUGAUCUGUAUACCUGCCAGUAUAGCUACAGCCCUCCCAAUCCAAAUGCUGAAUUCCCAUCUGAAUGUGCUUCUCCAGAGGGUGACUGGUCACUGCUGUGUGAAACAGCAUCAGCAUGUCCUUUCUGCAUCACUCUGGGCUGAAAUUACUGUGCUGCAGUUGAUGCUGCCUUAGACUGGUUAAAUCAUCUGUAACUUCUACCUGUUUCAUUCAUGAAGACUAAUCUUCUUGGGUAUCAUAUUUAAAAAUGUAAUUUUCUUCUCUGUGUUUUGAAUUCAGGUAUCUGUUUAAAGCAGAGGAAAUGUGUAAAUUACCAUCUUACCUUCCCUUUAUUGCUGAAGUCACUCUUUAAGCACUGAGCAGUCAUUUAACUUGAAUUUAGGUAUGAAGUGAAAGUUUGUGCCAGGUGAUAUUUAUUGGUCCACAAUCAUAACAUCAAGAUGUGUUUUCAUGGGGAAGUAUAUCUUGCUGUAAGUGGUUUAGAGACAAACACCCUUAUACUUUGCAGGUGACAUCUGCAACUACCCCAUUUCUUGCUAUCUAGCCUCCCAUGACUGCUGCAGAGCUAUAAAGUGACUCUUUUGGCUUUAUUUUU